UGGGGGCCGCGAAAUGGCGGCGCUGGGGCUGGGUAGGGGCCGCUGACGGGGAGCUGCGGUUGCUGUGUUGGUACAGUCACAGAAUUAAACUGAUACGGAGUCACAGGAUUAAACCGUUUGGUACAGAGUCACAGAAUUAAAGCGUUCGGUACAGAGUCACAGAAUUAAACUGAUACGGAGUCACAGAAUUAAAGCGUUCGGUACAGAGUCACAGAAUUAAGCUGUUCGUUACGUGCCGGUGAAGCUCAGGCUGAGCUCCGGGGUCCUCGCUUGCAUGCGAGGCACUUGGGCAGUUGCUAGAAAUAAUAUUUUGGAAAGCCACGCACGGAGGGACCGGCGUGGUGUCUGUGAGCUGCCUCGCGCUGUGGCUGCGGGAGGCACGCGUUUAUAAAUAAUUAUAAUAGAUCCCCAACAUCGCUGGUAUCAUGCCGGGGUUUCCCUGAACGCUCCCAUCAGGUCUAUAGCUAACGACAUAUUAGGAUAUUGACGAGGUCUGGGACCGAGCUUAAUAAAAGGAGAAGAUAUUUUAAGAAAAAUAAAUUUUAAAAUGCGUUUUUGGGACACCAAACCGAGCCUGUUUGUAUUAGACUCUGGAAUACGGAGAACAGAGAUGGUAGCGUGAAAACAUCAUCAAGCAACGUACUCACAAAGUAGUACGUUAUCUACCUCACUGCAGCUCCUGUAUGUGAUGUUAACUGUGAAGAAGGCAAAUUAUUCAUUGUUACAAAUUAAUGAAAUGUUAGUGUAGAAAGUACGUGAUUAGGUCACCUGCAGGAAUCCACGAUGAGUGUGGUAACCUUUUUAAAGCAAGCUUGUUAGGAUUUUGGAAAACAUGGGGACACCAAGAUACUGUGUUAAGCUUCACUUUGUAGUUGGCUUUUGUGAUGAUAAGCUAAAAUCAGAAGAUACGCUUUAUGGGAGAAAAUGGUAUCUGUAGGACUUGCAUUGUAUGAAGUGAACAUCCCCCAAAUAUCUUAUGCCUUUUAGAAUAACAUUGUCCUCUUGAAAAGAAAUGGCUUGAAUGUUUAACAUUAAAAUGUUACUAUUUCUCAUUAUAUUCACUUCCUCAUUAAUCAUUCAGUUGAUUUUCUUGCCACAAACAUCCGUAACUGUGAUUGCUCCCUUCUUUAUCUACAAAACUAUGAGAUGAUCUGAAAUGGUCAAAAUUACCAGUGUCCGGUGGCAUUGGGCACCUGGGACAAGGUAACUUUGUGGCCGGCUUGGAAGAACGAUGGGCUAGGUUGAGGCUUUUUGCUUCGCACUGGAAAGGUGGUUUGAAGGAGCACCUUCCCUAAGCUGCGUGCCACCAGUGCUGUGUGACGUGCAGGUGCUGCACCCUGUUUGCAGUGAACCGGCUGUAGGUUCAUGCAGCGAUUUCGCUGUCGGUGGUACCACAUAUAGAGGAAGCGCGGCCUUUUUGCUGCUACAGCGUGGGUGUCAGUGUGGUCCUGUAGGGACCUGCCCUGGCGGCGACACCUCUCCGGACUCCUUGCUUCCCAGACAGCCGUACCUGUCCUGUACAUGCGGCCCUGUCCCGAAGCAGUGACUUUGUGCUGAGGUCUGUGCUCGUUUGCCAAGUACCUGCCUCUUUCUGCCGCUGUCUGUCAUCAGCAGCAUCUCACGGUUCCCUUCUCCGCAGCAUGAGACAUUGAUCAUUGGUGCUGUAUGUCUCUCCAAAUUCAUUUCCUAAGCCUAAAUAAUAGAAAAACGCGAGCGAAUCUCUGUGGGACAGUAGCAGAAACAUGCUCCCAAUGAACUGCUAUUUGUAGUUGCAUUUUGAAACCUAGCUAGCUAUGUUUUCAUCAUUUUAAAUGUGUGUUGUAUUGAUUUUGAAUUAUUUUAAUUAAUCAUUUUGUCCCUUGGUACUUCCUUAAUGGUUUACAAAAGAAUUACACCUCUGUUAGCACACAGAGGCCUCAUUAAAAAGGUAUUAGCUUAACAUAGGAGAUCUUGGUUUUCAUAAGAUUGUGUUGAUUGGCAUUAAUUUUAUUAUCCAUCUUUAGUCAUCAAUUCCCAUAUAAGCCAUUUCUUUAACGGCCUGGUGUUGAUCUCAGUCUGAAAGAUGGGUGUUUACUUCCCUAAUUGUCCUUGUGAAAAAUCAGUUAGCAGCCUAGAGAGCUGUUAGCCCGUUUUUCUGUAACUCUGCUUGCAAAUGAUCUGAAUCUGUUGGCAGAAAUAUCUUCAAUAGCUGCUACUGAACACGCUUUGGAUUAGUUGGGAUAGGUUCCGUUCAUCAGCAUUGUGGGACAGGUCACAGGACCAUAGGAUAUUCUGUAGAAUAUAAUAUGUGUGUGUGUUUUCUCAUAGACAUUUAUGUAGAGAUUUAGUUCUGCAUAUUUUCAGUUAGUAUUGACAGUUCUACAGGUUGUUUUCUAACCACCCAGUGGCCUUGGUAGGUCUUUGUUCUUGUUUUUGAUGUACACCAAAGAUUCUUUUUAAAAGUCCUUAACUUUUGUGACCAGAAAAUUAAUCUUACGUAAUUUUAUCUCCAUUUCACUACAGUUCCUUGUUUAUGUUCAGUGCUAUCCAAUUUUCUUACUGUGAUGUUAUCUUAACGUAUUUAUUUUUAUUAUUACUGUGAUUACUUCUCUCCUUCGCUGAAAAAUAAAUUACUUCUCAGUAAGUAUUGUUCUCUUUAUUGAUUUUUGGGGCCUCCAGUGAAAUGUUUUUAUUCAGUCCUUAAUUCUCAGUUGUAUGUUUCUGUUUAAAUUAAUAAUUUUCCUGUUGCUUUCAGUCACAUCAAAUAAGCAUUUUUGAAACACCAGCUGCAUAUAUUUCUUAUUUGUAUGCUGCUGUGUUUGCAUACAAGCGACGAGCAUUUGCACCUGAGCAACCGUUACUUUUUAUUUUUAUGGUCACUUCCCCUUUAUCCUUCCAGAGGAGGUAGAAAGUAAAAAUUUCCUAUUUUGGUGAAGCGCUUUGUAAACUAAGGUCAGUUUCUACUGCGUUUGAAAGGUAGAGAGGCGUUUUGUCAUGUAAGUAGUGAUUUAAAAUUUAUGCCUAGAAUGUGAUAAAGCUUUUAUUGGACAUAAAAUACAUUACCAUAUGUACAAGGUACUAGCAGGGGGAGGUAUAGUCUCUAAAAGAAAUGUGAGCAUGGUACCCUGACGGGAUAUAAGGUAUUAUAAGUGGUAUUGUCAGGUAGACAUUGUUACUGGUCAUUGCUAAGAUUGCUUGUUAGAGUCUGAUUGUGAUUGCCUAGCUAUCAUUUUCUUGCCUACAUAGACUUGAAUUCAUUUCUCAUCUCCUGUAUUUCCACAUCUGGUUUUAUUACCCUUUUCUGGCACAGAAAAGCUGACAGAGGCCAGGACAGGAGGGUUAGUACCCGGCUUUGAAUUCCUAUUCUGCACUUAUGUGUUUUCUCCUCGCUGACCGAGAUCUGCUGUCCUCAGCGUUAAUAUAUCUGCCCUGCCGCAAGCAAAGAGAACCUGCCCUGUACGGUUCUCGCGUUGUGUCUUUGGAAGGUACCCUGUGCGAUAAAGGUGUUGGCUGGUGCAGGGUCCAGUGUAGAGUCUUUAAAGACAGAGAAAUUUUGAAAAUCGCACUGUGCACAUGCUCUUCUCCAUCAGGAAUGGGAAGUGUUGGGAACCUGUAGGAAGAUUGUUUGUUACAGGCUUUGGUCAGGAAAAAUCCCUAGGGGCCUUCUUCUGGUGUGGUUUCCAGAGCAAACACGAGAGAAAUUCUUUCCCUGUGCAGUAUUUGGACUGGCUUGAUUGAAAGUUUGGCUACCAGCCUCCACAUCUUCCUCCUGCAGAUUUCAGAAAAGGAGAAGGGCAAGGGGGGCGACGAAACGUCCAGUGCCAACACAACGGCAUGCAGUAUCAGGGUUUCGGUUAGUGACCAGCUGCAGGGAUGGUCACUGAGGAGGAAAUGUGGUGAGGCAGCCCUGGGGGCCAGGAGGGGAGCAGGUAUGGGAUGGGACUGCUGGUCAGGCCCAGACAGCGCUGAUCCGCUCUUUCUAGCCGUAACGUAUUCUCAGAGACUGAAGUGGCAGAAUUGUUCCUGGAGCAAGUGCACAGAUUAAAAGCAGUAAGUAAACAGGCCCAGAUGUAUAUUCAGGAGUUCAGAAGAGAUAUUUCAAGUGGUUGAAUUGCUAGUAGAAAUGUGCUUUCAGUUGUCAAAAGAGAAGCUGCUCCGGAUGUUGGGAGGAUAGCAGAUAUUUUACCUAUUUUCUUAUUUUCCUGGAAGGCUUAUGUUACUGAACUAAGUAAUUACAAGCCUGUAAGUGUUUAAUAUGUACCUAUUAAACUGGUUGAAAUGAUCACUGAAUUCUUUGCAGAUGUCUGUCAUCAUCCAUUUUUAACCUGAUAGCAUCUUACCAGCAUGGGAGCCAGGUCUCUCCAGGAGGCUGCCCCUCAGAAGUCUGAUGGAGUGGUUUGAUGGCAACAAAUUAGGAAAUAAAGAACAAAUUAACACAGCUUACUCAGAAAUCCUUUGAAAAGUGGAAAGAGGUAAAGAAUUAUUUUGAUGAUCUGAGAGAGGAAACUGGCGGAGGGGUCACAAAGAGCAUCCGGGGGCUCGUUCUGAACCCGUGGGGCGCAGAGGUGAAGAAAGAGAGAAAUCCUACGGGGCACCUUAAUGGUACCAGAGACUGAAAGGGCUCGGGGCAUCUCUGUGCAGGUGAAACCUUUGCUCAGCAAGCAGGCACUUUCAGAGAAAGGCAAAGGAGAUGAUAGGAUCAGCAAGGCCUUGGCUGAGGAAGAAGUGUGAACAGCGUGUAACAUCUCCACUGGGAGAGUCAGCAGACUGCUGAUGGCAGUACUGCUCAGAGCACCCUGAAAAAGGGGAGAGCGAAGGAGGUUCGAGGAGUGCUGAUGGAGAUGGUUAGGGACCAGGAGGGCUUCUCUGGGCAAAGAUUAAACACAGGGAUUCUUAUUUUAGAGAAUAAACACUGGAGGACGGGAUACAUAUAAUUUAAUAAAAUAUUCAGGGGCCCAAAAAGAGUAGAUCCGGAGCUUCUGUGCUCCUUGCCUCAACAAAGGACAGUCAAGGAAGUAAAAAGGAAGCGAAGUGAGAAGUGAUGAAAUAGUGUACUUUCUCUUGGUAUUUUCAGUUAAACCAGGGAACUCCAUUCAGUAGUUGCCUGUGACCCUAAAAACAGCAGGGUCAGAAAGGUGGCAGCGUGGUAUGGCUAGAGGCUUACAAUAGGAAACACCGGUGGAUUUUUUUAAGAAUGAAAUGUUGAGGUUCUGGUUUCAAGAAAGUUACUGGGAAACAAAAUGAGCCCCAAAUGAGAAAGGCGAGGGCAGACUGAAGGGUCGCAGGAUGGGUGACUUGGUCUGGGACUGGCCUUGGGAAGUCUUUAGCCUGAACCACUGCUCAAAGCAGAGCUGGCUGUGGGGCUGGACCGGGUUCCUCAGUGCCUUACCCAGCUUCUGGCCCAGUCUGCCUUCUGGGCUUUUUCUGCAGAAGCGUGCAGUGCUGCUGGCUGUGGGGGGCACAGUGCUGGGCGAUGUGUGCAAGUCACCUACAUGUUUAAGAACACAGGUCAAUGGAAGCAGCAGAACUUGGCACCACUGGAGCAUGUGCUGUUCCCAGCUCCCUCCCCCUGCACCUUAGAACUUGAUAAAAAAGAGCAAUCAGUGCAACUAAAUUUCACCUUUUCCUUUCAUUUUCCAGGUUCCAUCUUUCAUUCUUACUGGUCUCGUUUUGUACUGUUGUAAUGAUCCACAUUUACCUGAAGGCCACAACCAGGGCUUCAGUAAGUGUCUUUUUGAAGCCCCUAGCACAUCCUGUGCAUGGUCUGCACAAACUGUAGUGCUUACCGUAUGGUCUAGAGAGCUCAGAAGAACCAGCUUGUCAAUGCAUUACGUGUGAAAGCACGUAGGGUGCUUGAAGAAAGAAUAUGCUCUACGAAAUGGCUGCGAAUUAAGUGUGGAAGAAUGAACUGUCGGGACAGCGGAGAAGUGCCCGCUGUGUUGACCAUUGAAGUCUGGAGAAUGGAGAUCUCUGAGGGGGUGGAAAGGACUUGGUGAAAGUCACAGGUUGUGGAGGAUGCAAACCUGAGCUGAUUCUGGUAUCUUCCCCUGUCCUCCAAUCCAUGCAGUGGCAUUAGGCCACCGUGUUACUGGCACCUGCAGGCCAAUGGAUGAACAGGACAAUGAUUUUAAAGAGUUGUGGGCAAAUCUUUUGGGUAGAGCGAAGAAAAAAUCUGGGGAUGCUGAGGCAGCAAAGAAGGCCCAGAAAAGGUCAAAGAGCACUGUUGCAAGAAGCAAAUUAAGAAGAGGCAAAGCUGCUGCCACGAGCCAAAACCAUCACCUCUUUCCAGCAGCAAAGAAAACAAACUUGACUCAAGAUUUGGGUCCUAAGGAACAAGCUUUGAUGCACAAAGAAGACAGUGACGCUGUGGCCUGUAGUAGUGGUGAGACUGAGCAAGGGGAUGGAAAGAUAAGCCCCUUCCCUGCCAGCCAGCUGAGUACAGCAGCCAGUGACUGUAGCCAGAGGACUCUGACAGUAAAUGCUCUGAAUGGCUCUUCCCAGACUACAUUAUCCUUCCAUCCUGCUACACAGCCAGGGGCCUGCUCUUCACCCACCUCAAAGAUACCGCCGCUCACAGGACCAAAGGCACGGGUAGCAGAGCUGGUAGUGGAGAGAAUGCAGCAGUUCAAGAGAGUGGCACCUGAGCAGCUAAAACACAGCACAGACGAUAGCUUGCCAAAGUCUGUAGCCAGCGGGGAUUUUCCUGAUGAAAGCCAGGAGCAGAACUCACCAGAGAAUGAUAUCCAUGAUCUUCCAUCCAUGCAGCAUGAUGGUGCUCUGGCUUUGGCUCUUCAGCAGGAAACCAAAGAGGAAGCCCUGGAGGAUGCAGGCUUGUUCUUUUGUCAGAUCUGCCAAAAGGAUCUCUCAGCCAUGAACUCAACACGGCGAGAGCAGCACGUUAACAGGUGUCUGGAUGAGAUGGAAGAUGCGCAGAUGUCAUCCUCCAGCAAACCACUGGUCCCUGAAUGUCCCAUCUGUGGGAAGCAAUUCCAAACCCCCCAGAGCCGAGUCAGUCACUUGAAGCGCUGUGCUGUCGAGAUGGAUGUUCCCCCUAAGAUGCUUCUUCAGGCAGUGCAGUUGCAGGUGUCCACACUUGGUGAUGCACCUCUACAGUUUCCCAGCAAUCAACCAAGCAGGUCAAAGCGAAAAGGCUCCUCCAAAGAGGACUCAAAGAACAAGCAGAAGAGGGCCAAAAUGGAAACUAAGGAUGAAGAUUUGCUGGUUGCUAUGGCAAUGUCACGCUCCCUGUUGGAGCAGGAAAAGCAGGAACAGGCAAAAUCAGUUACAAACGUGAAACCAGUGGCUGCUUUGCCAAUCAAAUGGAAGCCAGGAUCAGAUAAAAAACGGCGUAAAAGAGGCCCAAGUACACCUCCGCCAUUACUACUUCAGGACCCAGAGAAGGCCCGCAAAAGGAUCCAAGAACGGGUAGCUAUGCUGCUUGUAGAAGAGGCUGAAUUCCCUCCCACCCCUCAGCUUCCCUCUAGCAGGAUUUUGGAGAAUGAAUCUGGGAAAGCAGCCUGGCUCUUGCCACUGCCCAAAAGCAGGGACUGCUUUUUGUGGAAUAUCAGUGCUCUGACAGGACCUUGUGACCCUGAAUUAUUCUACACUGCUGGAUUAACCCCUCCGAUUGUACCUUGGAAGCCUGUGCAGAAUCAUAAGCCAGACAAUGUUCUGCCAUCAGUAGGAUCCGAUCAACCAGAAGUAUCUCAGCAAAUUCAGCCUGACCUCAGUUCUCAUGAUCCCACUUGCAUAAAGGUCGGAGACCAAACUUCUGAUGAAUUCAAGUCAGGCCCUGAAGAAGAUGGGCAGUUUUUAUCUCACAGCCAGAAGGACGUUCAGAACCUGCAGAACCUAGUUGAGCUGGCCAAGGAAGGACUUACCCUUACUCAGUGGAACCUUGAUGUUGACCACAUUCAAGCAGCAGAGCAAUCAGGAAAAGAACUGACUUCCAGUGACUCUCCACAUACUGGUUUUGUCCCAGCACUCAAAGAGAAGAGAUUCCUGACAAGCAGCUGUAAGAGAUCCUCCCUCAGGUUGCUGGCUGAAGAUUUCAGUGCAAUGGUGAACAACCCCCACUUCAGUGACGUGCAGUUCCAGGUGGACUCUGGGGAAGUCAUUUAUGCCCACAUGUUUGUGUUGUAUGCACGGUGUCCACAGGCCGUUCAGGUUGUUCACAGGGAAGGGUUCUUAGUGGAGGAGGAUGGGAACGCGCAGACGCACCGUGUACUGCUGAGUGAUGUGACAGGAGAGGCGGCCUGUGCGUUCCUGCGGUACCUUUAUGCUGCUGAUGCUGGUAUCCCUGCUGGGAUGUUGCCCCAGGUCGGGGCUCUGGCUGCCAGGUUUGGUGUGAGGGAGCUGAUAGCAGAGUGUGAAAAUAACACUGGAGAGAGCCAGGUGUCUUCUGGAGUGGAUUCAGAAGAUGAUCUGAUCUCUGUGAGGGAUGACAAAGAUUGUGAGGACAGAGCUGAGAACUUCCAAGACCUAUUGAAGUCAGUAUGGGUGGGUGAAGAUGAGGAAGAAGCAGCUGUCCUGAACCCUGAAUGUGAGAAAGAAGAUGACGAUGGGGUGGGUGAACAGGAGCUGGAGGAAAUCUAUGAGUUUGCUGCGACUCAGAGAAAGAUAGUUCAACGUGAAACAGAAUUGAGUGAGGGAACAGACUGCAGCACGUGCAGUGACACUGAGGCAGCCCUAGGUAUGAACCAGCAGAUGGAGGAGGAAGAAGUAAAGAGGUCUGAAUCUGCUUCAAUAAGUAACAGCUUCAAAGAUCUGAGGGAUGACAAUGAUGUGGAAAGAUCUAAAUGUGACUUGUCUGCACAAAAAGAGAAAAUGCAGAAUAUAAAUAGAUGCAAAAGAGUGAAUGUUGCACAGAUCCCUUUUGUGCCUCACCACAGUGAACCUCAAAAGUGGGAUGUAGCAUCCCAUGAUGCCACCACUAAUGAAGGAGAGACCGUUAGGAGAUGUGAUGGUGGGAAGGAUUCCGAGUCAUCUCAGGUCUCAUGUGAUGUAGAAGGGGAAAGUCACUGUGAAAAACAGUUUUCUAGCUUCCACAAUGAUACUAAUGUAAAUGAAAAUUAUGAACACUUAUUUUCUGCAACUCAGGGAGAUUACUCUGAGCCUUCCCCGAUGAAAGAAGGUAUUAAAGAAUCAGAAAAGACUCUCUGUGAAAAACAUGUUGAUAUUAAUGAUUCUCUUCUGAACAGCAAAUCACAAAAAGACCUCUCUCCGCGUAGAAACUCUUUGUACGGUUCUCCUUUCAAAGCUUAUGUGCCCCUUUUUCCUGCUGUCGGCUCUUCACCUGUGUCUCCAAAAUCGGACAGAAAGCUUGCCAGAGAACAUGUGUCAGCAUUAAAGCAAAAUAAAAAGAAAAAAUCAUUCCCAUCUAAUGAAAUACUCUUUCAGAAAGCUAAUGAGCUGGAUACUGCAUCAGGAAACGAGAACACAAUUUCUCCAGCAGAGCUUCCCCACACUGAUUUAAACAAGCAUAUGAAUGUCCCAGUGCUGUCAUCACCGGUUAUCAGAACUCAAGAUCCUGCAGCUCAGGGGAAUGAGAAGUGUGAUGUUAUUGUUUUAUCUUCUGAUGAUGAAACGGAGUUACAAGAAGACAAGAAGUCACCAGAGUCAGGCUCUGCUCUGAAGGAAAUGGAAGUCUCUGGGCAACUGAAAUGUACAAAUAUAGAACAAGGUCCUGAGAUACCAAAACCUGAAUAUAACUCAUCAGUCACUGAAACAGAGCAGAAAUCAACACAAGUCUCAUGUGUCAUUACAGAAAAGGUGCAUAUAAGUAAUGGUGUAAAGAUGUCCACUGAAUUGCCUCUCAGCAGCCAAGUAGAUGGUUGUACAGAGGGCAAGCAGAGUCCAGACCUGAGCCCUGAAAAAAGGCUCCAUGAAGUUUCUUCAGGUACAGACAGCUCCUGGAUAGUGCCAGACACACCAGUUCUGACCAAAAGCAGAAAUUUCUCGACACAGACUCAUGUCACAAGUAUUAACUCUUCAGAGAAUACAGGACCUAAAGCCAGCACAAGAAGCCUAGCAGCUUCUUUCAGUAACCAUGAAAUGGAUAGAAAUUUAGAAAAAGUUUCUGAACCAGCAUUGUCAGACAAACAUUUGCCUCUGGAGAACUCAGUCAGUGAAAGGAAUCCUUCCGUCAGCCCAGAAGCAGAAUCAUCUUCUGAGAAAUCCCCACCAGUUUCUGCAGUGGAUGCCAUUCUCCUCUCCCCUGGCCACACCAACAUGAAAAGCAAAUGUGCUAAUACCUCCUUUUUGUCCAAAUCUGUGCCUCCUGGCCAUGAGCGGUCAUUGGAAGAUAAAACAAACAUCAGCGUGGUAGAGGUAGAGGACAGUGAGGGGGAGAAGGAAAUAAGUAUAGCUUCUUUGAGCAGUAGUGUCUUGCUUAGUGAUGAACCCCCAGUUCCUGUUGGUGAGUGUUGGCCUGUCGAGUAUCUGUCACCAGUCAGAGGUAACAGCCAGGGCUCCAAACAGGUUGGCCAUGCAAACACCAGAGCUGCCAGCAGUCCCAAACCUGGCUCUUCACAUGUCCAGUGGGAGAGGCCAGACCAAGCACAGGAAAUUAAGGGCAGUACUCCUCUUCAAGGAAAUCCUGCUGGCAGAAGAACAACUUUCUUCUGUCUUGAAAAGAGUCCUAUUGAGGCUUGUACAUCAGUGGGCAGUAGACCAAGUUACCUGAACUCCAAAAUCUGGGAUGAUUGGGAUGGAGAAGAAGAGGAAGAUGAAUUUCCAGAGAUGCUUCCUCUGUCGCAGAGGGUGUCAGCUGCAGCAGAUGCAAAUCCUGUAAAGACUCCUGAACCUGCCUGUCAGGAGAGCAACCAGUCUCCCAGGACUCCAGGGACACCAAUGCCAGCUUACUCCAUGAUGGAGACCCCACAGCUGAAGAAGGAGUUGAAAAGAUUUGGAGUUCGUCCUCUCCCAAAGCGCCAGAUGGUGUUGAAGCUGAAGGAGAUAUUCCAGUAUACUCACCGGGAUGUGGACUCUGACUUUGAAGAUGAAAUCCCAUCCUCCCAGCCUCCCCCGCAGAAGUCCCCUGCCAAACGCUGUAGGCAGUCAAAGGCAGCACAAACCACAGGUGGAAAGCGUCCCAAAGCCUUGAGGGCUGCGAGCAAAAGGAAGCAGGUUGCUACGGCUUCUUCAGUGCCCACUGUGGGAAGGGCUGGUGAUGACCUUGUUGGACCCCCUGAAAAAGGCUGUGCGGCCCCCAAGCAGGGAACUGAAAUGACACAUCACCCAGAAGAAGCCAAAGAGCAGACAAGGUCAGCUGUAUCUCCUGAGGGAUGGUCUCUGGCAGAUGAUGGUGAAGACCUGAUGUUGUCAACAUCUCAGAAGUCUACAACUUCUUCAGGGGAUGGCAGCGACAUCUCUUUUGGUUCACAGAGUUCUUUUGCGAAAGAAUUUGAGGCCUGGGCAUUUGCAUCUGAAGAAGAAGAAGAAGAAGAGGUUCCAGCAUCUCAGGCAGCAGCUCGGGAAGAAGAAAAGCUGGAGGCAGUGAGGUGCUACAUCCGUUCAAACCCAGCCCUGUACCGCAAGAUUCUCUUCUAUGAGCCAAUUGAGCUGGCUGUGCUGCAUGCAGAGCUGAAACUGAACGGCAUUAAGAUUGCCAAGGCAAAGCUGCUGGACUUUUUGGAUGCUCACUGCAUCACCUUUACCACAGCCGGAGCACGGAAAGAGAAGGAGCAGAAAGGAAAGGGGAACAAAAGACGGAGGAAACGAUACUGAACGGAGCCCACUCCUCCAUCCUGAAAAUUCUGUACAUGGAGGCCUUCUUCGUAAGGUGGAAACCCUAUUGCAGGCUGGUGCUGUCAGUGAUGGUGUGAUCAGUGGGUGCACUGCUCCUCCUUGUGGCCCGCUGCCCAGAUGACAUGCUGCAGAAUGGAUCUGAGCUGAGCUUUUCUUCCCGGCCUUCCUCGGAGUUGCACAAACUCCUCUUUCAGGAGCCUCUUUCUAUCCCACGAUUUUCCUCCUGUACAUUUUCUUGUCUUUCCUUUUUUUUUUGUCUUUUCUUGUCUUUCCAUUUUUCUAGUAGGUCCCCAACUUUUCUUCCUCUUGGUGCUUCUGGAAGCAGGUGCUUCCUCCAGUGACUCUUGCCAAGGCCUUUGCCCUGGCCUUGGGCUGUGACCUACUUCACCCUUCAAGUUCCAGUAUUGAGUAGAAUAACCCAUCCCAGCCAGUCCCCUUUCUUUUGUGUAAAGCACUUGAGUAUUAAGACCCCAGUGACUUCAGUCUUCUUUUUUUCACCAUAUGAUUUUCCUGCUGAUUGUUAAGGCAGGGAGGAGCAUUGUGUGCGUCUCUUCUGUCCUUGAUUCAAUUUGUGGUCUCUGGUAAAACUCAUAAAUCUGUGUUCCAGAAGUGGCUGCAGAACAGUGGAGGUGUUUUCCUAGUCUAUUUGUGAUGGCUCCCCAAAGUGCCCUCUGACACCAGAUGUCAUGUGAAAACUGUUGAACGUUCAGCUGUGUAUGUUCGCUUGCAUGCUGGGAUCUGUGCUAACGAUAUCAUCUGCUCCAUUUCCAAAGCAUUGUUUUACCUUGGUAUUGUAGCUUGACUAUGCCCUUGACAGAGAUGUUUUUAAAAAGACAGUGUUAUAGUGGCCAGUGGGUUUCUUAAGCACUUCUCAUAACCUGAUCUAAACCCACUUCCUUGAUCUGUCUCAUUUUCAAACUGGACUGAUCUUUGGUAGUAAACUGUCUGGGACACCUGGAGAACUCUUAGACCCUAAAUUACCAUCUUGUAUUUAUUUACUUUUACAACAUCGUCUGACUUUUCUCUGUUCUGGCAGUUCUGAGUCUGCAAAGAGUCUCACUCAGCAAACUGGACACAACACUUCAAAAGAAAGCCUAAUUUCUAGAUGUAUUUAUAUAUUUGGAAAAUAUUUUUUUAUUAUUAUUAUUUGAUACAGUACAGCCUUGGGUUUAUUUGAUUUAUAUACAAUAAACAAUUUGUAAGGUAACAA